GCCGGUGCGCGUCCAGGUAUGUUCUGGACGGCGUUUUGCAGAAGCUCACCCCGGUCGUUCAAAACAUGGAAUGGACCACUCCAAAGUCGCUCAUUUGGACAUUCAUUUUCUCGCACAUUCCCAAGGCUCGCUAGGUUUGGCCAGGAGAAAGCAUCGUCGAGCAUCCCAUCGUUUCGAGACCAAUUAGCUAGGGCAAGCGAAGUAAAGCCUUUUGGUGAUCGAAUAAAGCGUCCCACAAUACGGAAUCAGGUCUUGUUUUUUGUCGCAGGAUCUUGGCUUGUAUUUUCCGUGGCUGCGGCGAAAACCCAUCUUGAUACCGAGUACUGGUCGAAAAGGAUUGUCAUCAUGGAAAGCGUUUGGUCACGACCUCCCACUAGCGAUGAAAUGAGGCGCGCACAGUAUAUCGAGCUUGGGAAGACUCUACAAGCGAAACUAUCCGGAUUCAAAGACUCCCUUGCAGAUUGGCCUAUAGCACUCAAAAGUCUCUUCAUCUCUGCAUAUGUCGGUUUUGCACAACCGUACCUCGAUGCUCCAGAAGGAAGGAGGAUGUGUUGGUGGAUAUGUGGUCUGAAUACUGUCGUAUACCUAGCGUGGAAGAUUCCUCGGUUUGUUCCAUCGAUGAACAGAAGCUUUAUGCAUCACCCACUAUCUGGGCUAUCCUACACUCUGUUAACGAGUGUAUUCAGCCAUCGCUCGUUCUUACAUCUUGUGGCUAAUUCAAUGGCUCUUAUAAGCUUUGGUUCUGCCGCCACCCUUUACCUUGCCAGAGAGCAGCAAAGAGGUCCAACAGGCUAUCAAGAGUCAACUACGAAAUGGCAUUUCUUGGCAUUUUAUGUCGCAGCUGGCCUUUUCUCCGGUCUGGCUAGCCACGCUGCGUCUACCAAGGUAUUAUUCCCGCGCCUAGUAUCGCAACUCUCGAAACCUAGUGGCACUCUGGCGGCUGGAACAGUUGCCAAAUCCGCUGCUGGUGCGACGGCAAAGGAGAUUCUCCCAUCUUUAGGGGCUUCAGGCGCCAUUUACGCAGCUGUCACACUCAGCGCACUGGCAUUCCCUGAUGCUAGUAUCAGCCUCAUAUUCCUCCCGUUCUUUGCGAUUCCUAUCCAGUCAGGUGUGGGUGCUAUUAUAGCCUUGGACGCUAUUGGUAUAUUGCGUGGUUGGAAGAUGUUUGAUCAUUAUGCGCAUUUGAGCGGCGCGACUUUUGGAGUGUUGUACUAUUUGUAUGGACCACAAUGGUGGGAUUUUAUGAGGAUCAUCCACGAUCCUACGGAGGAAGAAAAAGAAAAGUCGGAAGCAUAGAUGGCCAUUUUUCAUUGUCAGUAUCCUCUCUACUCAAUACUAUUAAUUAUUGUUAGGUACUACUACACGUGCACCACAAGAAUAUAAAGAUGAUUCAAUGCAUCACUAUACUCUU